UCUUUAAUCAUGUCUACCAAUUUCCCCAGGCAAACACACUCUUCCGUCUUCUCCUCUCCGAUCAAGAAUCAAUCAGUUCAAAACCCUAAACGCCCACCACCCAGCACAAGCUCACAAAAUGCCCGUCUUCUUGUCUUUCACUGCCAAACUUUUGAAACUUAAAACUACAUCAACAACAACACUGAACACAGUUAUCUCAUUCACAGGUUACCACAACUUAAUAUUCCCAAAACACAUGUCCCAGAAAUGCACUUCAAUCCCUAAAAAACAAGAGAGAGUCCGCGACCACGCUUACGAUGACUACAUGGAAAUCGAAAAGAAGACGCGCAAAGUCCUCAAAUUUCAGCCUUUAAUCAUGUCCCAAUACAACGAAACACUGCCUAUCUUUCGCUUAGACAUGCUCUCUCGCCGCAUUGGCUUCAAAAACCAUGAAGCUGGGAAGUUUCUCCUCAAGUUCCCACACGUUUUUGAAAUCUACGAGCACCCAGUUAAACGAAUUUUGUACUGUCGUUUAACACGAAAAGCUAUUCUCCAAAUUGAACAAGAAAAACAAGCUUUGGAUGCCCAAAUACCGGAUGCUGUGACCCGUUUGAGGAAGCUUCUUAUGAUGUCCAAUACGGGUCGGUUACGGCUUGAACAUAUUCGGAUUGCGAGGUCUGAAUUCGGGUUGCCUGAGGAUUUUGAGUGCUCGGUAAUUCUUAAGAACCCACAUUAUUUUAGAUUGUUUGAUGCUGAUGACACUAGAAAUAAAUAUAUAGAGCUUGUUGAGAGAGAUAAUAGUUUAGCUGUUUGUGCUAUUGAGAAAGUUAGAGAAAGAGAUUAUAGAGAGAAAGGUAUUGAUGAAGAAGAUAUUAGGUUUUCGUUUAUUGUGAAUUUUCCACCUGGAUUCAAGAUUGGGAAAUAUUACAGAAUUGCAGUGUGGAAAUGGCAACGGGUUCCUUAUUGGUCCCCCUAUGAGGAUGUAUCAGGGUAUGACUUGAGAUCACUUGAGGCGCAAAAGAGAAUGGAGAAGAGGGCAGUGGCAACUAUUCAUGAAAUGUUGUCGUUGACUGUGGAGAAGAAGUUGACAUUGGAAAGGAUUGCACAUUUUAGGUUGGCAAUGAACUUGCCGAAGAAGUUGAAGGAGUUUGUGCUUCAGCAUCAGGGAAUAUUUUAUAUGUCAACAAGGGGGAAUCAUGGGAAACUUCAUACACUGUUUCUUAGGGAGGCGUAUAGGAAAGGGGAGUUGAUAGAGCCAAAUGAUUUAUAUUUGGCAAGGAGGAAGUUGGCCGAGUUGGUUUUGUUGAGUCCUAGGAAGAUGAUGAUGGAUAGGGCGUUGGUUAGCUUUGGGCGAGAUAGAGAAGAUGACAGGAUGCAGCGUGUUAGAAGGGUUUAUGAAGGGAAUGAUUUUGACAAAUAUGGGGUUGAGGAAAAUGCUGGAGGAGUUGGAAAUGGGGAGGAUGAUUUGAAUUCAGAUUUGGGUUCUGAUGUUGAGUCAGAUAGUUCAGAUGACGAUGAUGAUUGUGAUGAAAUUAUUGGUGCAGAGCAGGGUGCCUGUGUAAGCGAGUGAUUUGGAACUUAGAUCCAUUGGACACUAUGGUCAGAAACAUCAAAGAUAUCUUUAAAUGAUCAGAAUUUGUGAAUUGAGAAUGAUGAAUGACUGGCAUGGGUGAUAGAUUUCUCAUCCAAGGUUGAAGAAGCACCUCAUAUUGGGUUUCAGUUCUUAAAGAAACUUAUAUUUGAGAGGAAAAACAUUUUAUACAGGAAGUGCACUUUUGCAAUUUUCUUCCCUAAAGUGGAGUGCUUCAACUUUGAAGUAUGGCAAACUUUUUUGAGCCCUGGUGAACAGAUUUUGGGAUUCUAAUUUGUGCCAUGUCUUUUUCCUUGUACUGAUUUGGCUAAGUAGUUGAAGAAGAAACUUUCAGCCGUCAAAGUAAUUAAUGUAUUUGAGUUUGAAAGUUGAAGUUGCGAGAGCUUUGGCACCAAGAUGCUGAUCUUGCCAUCAUGAAGUCCAGCUGGAUAACUGUUUCUGAGGUUUUGGUGCUGUUGGGCGUUGUCAGAAAUAUCACUAAUAAGUUGGUGCAAUGAAAUAGAUUUUUCCUUAAUGUAUGUACACACAAUGGAUCAAAGUCAGUAAAGAUUUAGCUUAUCCUGA